AUGCUGAAACAAGCGAUCCCGAGUGAAUAUGUGCAAGAGCUCGAAGGAGAAAAAGCUACAUUAUCUAGCUUUAAACAGCUUGUGAAUGAGAAGGUUAAAGAAGACGAGACGGUGGCGCUAUUGAUCUCCAAGCAGAAACAUGCGUCGCCAAUGUAUCGAGCCUUAGCAGCGGAGUUUACUGGACACGGAUUGAGUUUUCUGUUCUUAAAUAGAGAUGAGGAAGCAGCGACGGAGAUUAUGAACACGCUAAAGAUUGAGGAACUACCCGGUAUGGUAGUAUUGAGGUCCAUGACGGAACAUGUGGUGUUAAAGGCGGAAAACACCAAGACUUACGGCGAGUUGAAGGGCUUUGUGCAGCCUUUUGCGACCCAGAAAGAACGCACAUUGAAGAGUGAAGCGAAGAACGGAAAAGAGAGCUCAAAGUUUAUUAGAUUCUUCUCAGGAAAGGAUUUCGACGACUUGGUGUUGCAUUCGGACGUGGUUUGGAUCAUUGAAUUUAUGAAUACCGAGCGCGAACACGCUCUAACAGAGGAAGAGUGGAAGAAAUCAUUGACGGAACUACAUCGCAAGGCAGGAAUGGUGGCGAUGGGGGCGGUUAGCUGCGAGAAAGAAGCAGAGCUGUGUGAACGUCAUGGUGGACCUGGAGUUCGCGUAUUCCCUCUGGCUUUGACGGAAGACAAGAGACUGACACGAGGUCAUGUCCUUAUGGAGAGGUUUGCAACAAUCGAAGAGGCCAAGGAGUCGGCUAUUGCAGCCAUCCCGGAUCUUACUGUCGAGAUCGAGUCUAAUGCUGACUUGAAUGGGUUCAUUUCGCACGCUAGAGAGAACCGUGCACUGCCUAUUCUACUAUUUACGAGUAAGAAGAAGACUCCUUCAAUGAUCAAAGCUCUGGCGUUGUCGAUUCCUACGCAGAAAAUUAAGUUAGCAGUGAUUCACGACGCAGACGAAGAUGUGAAGAAGCAGUUUCUGGUCAAACCAUCUGCUGGCACGGCGCUGGUGUGUCUCGUGCCGACUCAAGUGGAUGCGGAAGACCCAACUGCAGCUCCGUUUGGUGUCAUAGCGUACGAGAAGAAGAAAAUGGGUGCGUAUAACUAUCCGAACGUCAUGCAGUUUAUCCUGCAAGUGCUGGCUCAAUACCCACAUCCUAAAGAUAUUGAGCCGGAGAGCGAAGAAGUCGACGUGUCAUCACUUGACGAGAAGGCUGCACAGUCGCUUGUGCCGUAUCUGACCAAGAAGAACAUGGAUGAUCUUUGUGGAGGUAACAAGAUUUGUGCAAUUGGGUUCUUUGAAGACCAUUUAGACACUCUUAGCGACCCAGAGUCAAGGCUGGCCAAGUGGUGGACAACUUUUGCUCACGUGGCUGCGCAGAGUAAGAAAAACAGAGAGCCGUUCCACUUCAUGUGGGUCAAUGGCAAGUGUCAGAAGGACUUCGCGGAAGCCUUCGGUGUUGGUCUCUUUCAAAUGCCAACGCUCGCUGUGUACUCUCCUUCGAAGCAGCGAUACGCAACGAAUGUGGGUCUGUUCGACGAGGAAAAUGCAGCUGCGUUCUUGAAGAGUGUACUGUCGGGUAGUAUCGGCACUGCACCGAUCGGAAACGUGCCGAAGCUGGGCGAGGAGUGCUCGUUUGAAGACAUUCACGAAGUAACAGUCGAUGCUGACGGCGUCGUGGAAGACGAUGAAGAUCUGGAUGACAUGCUGAAUGAGAUUUUAUCUGAUGAGAAACAGCAGCGAGACGAGCUGGAGAAAGAGCUUAAAUCCGAGCAGAAACAGUCCAAGAAGAGCAAGAAGAAGAACAAGAAGAAGAACAAGAAGAACAAGAAGAAAAAGGCACGCGAUGAGCUGUAGUCGACAUCCACAACAGUAGAAUGUACAGCAAGUACAUGUAUUACCAUGUUGAAA